AUGGAUGGGGACGAGUAUGAAUCCCAUGCUUUGUACAAGCACAUCGCCAACUGCAGGCACUCUAUCUCCCGAUGGAAAAAAAGUAACCCGACAAACUCAGCAAAGAUGAUCGAAGCCAUCAAAGCACAACUUGAAACAGCACAGACCCAUGACACCGCCCCUAGUAGUGAGGUAAAAAAAGUCCUCCAUGACGUAAGAAACAGGGUUAAGACAACGCUGGGGAUAACCAAAGAUGGUGGGAUGGGUAUGUACCUAAGCAUACCGGAACAACUAAGUGGAUCUAAGGCUCAGGUCUUCUCUUACAUUCAAGAACAGCUUAAUGGAAAUAUUAACUCCUGGUCCGCCAAGCUUCUCUCCAAAGGAGGAAAGGAGAUCCAAAUCAAGUCAGUCGCACAAGCUUUCCCAACUUAUGUCAUGUUUUGCUUCUUAUUACCAAAAGGAAUCAUUAAUAAGCUUUGUAGUGCUAUCUCACGUAUUUGGUGGAGUACCAAAGUUCCAAAUGGAGAAAGCGGAUCAAGCGUUGCGAAUCGAGCGAAUCUAGCGGAACAAGUGGUACAAGUGCGGAUCAAGCGGAUCUAG